UAUUGUAUUGGUUGUAUAAGUACAGCAAAUACAACCAAAAUACAACGAAAUCGUCAUAUACGUACUCCAUACCUAAUAAUUGCUGAAACGAGGAUGCUGUGUAAUAACCUAUAGCUGCAGCAGUACUGUUGCUUCAUCUUCUCUCUAAGAACCCAAAAAAAACCUCCAUUAGUCUUACCACAACAGAAUCAUUCCCUGCAUCAAAUCAGCAGCCCUGCAGCCAUGAGCUCCAAAUUGCACCAAUAACAAACCAUUUCCUCCAAAUCAUAGCUCCCACCACAGCUUCCAUGAACGAGAGAGAAACCCAAGAUCCCAUGAACGUUAACUCGUUCUCCCAACUCCCUUUCAUCCGCCGAGAACACAAGCCGCCGGAUCCACCCAUCCGCCUGUUCGGCUUCGACUUCCCUUCAACUUCCUCAAACACAAGCAGCAACAACAGCAGCAACACCACCACGCAUGUUCCCAACCACACGGCGAGGAAGUUCGAGUGCAACUAUUGCUUCCGCAACUUCCCAACAUCUCAGGCGCUCGGCGGACACCAGAACGCACACAAACGCGAGCGCCAGCAAGCCAAGCGCGCCCACCUUGCUGCGGCAGCCGAAGCUCAUUUGCACGGUAUGAUUGCUUUCCAGUGUUAUAAUUCAUGGCGUUUGUUUAAGGGGAAGGGUUAUGUGGCAGAGGAGAGGACUUUGGAUUUGUUUAGGAGGGGGGAGGAGACUUCAGUGAUGACUUCUCAAUGGGAGUGGCAUGGUUGUAGUGACUGUAAGGAUGGUGUUAGCCUUGAUCUUCACUUGUAGUUCCUUGUAAAAAUGAAGUUUUUUA